ACACCUACCAUAUCCUGAAUACAUGUGGCACACUGUAAACAAAUGAUUUUUGUUAGUAAAAAAUAACUUAUAAAAAGAAAGUUAAUUAAUUUGAAAAUUUCGUUACUAAAGAAAAUGAAUUUGUAUUAGUUGAUUGUUCAAAUAGAAAAAAGAUGGAAUUAUUGCGUUCAACAUUUGAAAGUUUAUUGGAUCCAAAAAUUGGAGUACCAUACGCAAUUAUAUUCGUUUAUAGUGUUUAUUCGUUAUUUUUAAAGAAGAAUUGUAAUAAAAAGUCAAUUGAAAACGAUAAUUCAUUACCGAAAAUGUCUCCAGUUUCAACUACCAAUGAUGAUUUUAAAAUGGUUUUGGUAAUUAGAAAAGAUUUGAAAAUGGGAAAAGGAAAAGCUGCUGCUCAAUGUGCUCACGCAGCAGUGGCAUCAUACAAAAUGGCUUUGAAAUAUCCUUCAAUUUUAAAUGCUUGGGAAGAUUGUGGCCAGAUGAAAAUAACAGUUCAAGUUGAUGACGAGGUAUCAUUGUUAGAAGUUUACAAACAUGCAAAAUCUUUAGGACUCAUUACAAAUGUGAUACAAGAUGCAGGACGAACACAAAUUGCAAGAGGAAGUAAAACUGUGUGUGCAGUUGGGCCAGGACCUUUUAAAAAAAUAGACAAAGUAACUGGUCAUUUAAAAUUAUACUAAACUUAUUAUUUUAAAUACAAAUUUUUCUACCACAAA